UGGAACCAUCGGUUUCCACUACUAGUGUGAUCAUGUGAUUGAACAAGCUCCGCCCACACGGUCUCACCUCCAUUCUCUAACUCGUCCCUGUCUUACAAUCACUGAGUCCAAUGGCAAAGCUUAACCAGAACGAGGCACCUCCUCCUUACUACUCUGUUGCUGUGCACACCCAGCCCCCCCUCAAAUCCUAUGAAGAGGUGGUGUACGGCGUGGGGCCCGGCCAGACUGCCGCCAACCAGCAUUACGUCCCCCAGUAUGCACCGCCUGUGGCAGCUCCCCAAGUAACACAGUCAAGCACACCCACCAGAAGCAAGAGGAAGGGCUGCUGUGACCGUAAUGCUCGGUGUUACGGAGGCUCCUGCGGGGCUUUUCUGUUGUGUGCCCUGCUGUCUGUGGCCAUCUGGCUGGCAGUGCGUUUUGGCACCGCCUUGGUGACCCAGGCGAUAAUCAACAACAACCAGCAAACAAGUGGCGACACAAGUGGCAGACCGCCUUUGAGAAACGACACCUGCCCUGUGAAUGCUACCAUAGAGUGCGAUGGCGUCAGGGACUGCGAGCUUGGCUCUGACGAAAUGGACUGUGUGAGGUUUAUAAGCGGCAACGGUCUGCAGGUCAGGACCGCUGAAGAUGGACGCUUUCUUCCAGUCUGCUUCAGUGGCUGGAACCAGAGCAAUGCUGAUCAGACCUGUGCCCAGCUUGGCUUUAGAAGCUCCUUUAUUAGCAAAAAUAUGUCAUCCCAGGACUCCCUUGGUCUGAGAGUGACCACCAGAUUGUCCGAAACCAUCCAGGGUCAGGUGGAACUCAGUUCCUCCUGUCAAGACCAAAGCACUGUCUCCCUUCAGUGUGUCGACUGUGGCAGGCAGCAGUCCACAUCUCGCAUCGUGGGAGGCAGCAUUGCACAGAGGGGUCAGUGGCCCUGGCAGUUAUCCAUGCACUUUAGGGGCUCUCACGUGUGUGGAGGGGUCCUGAUUGCUCCCGAUUUCGUGCUGACUGCUGCCCACUGCUUCCCAAGGAGUAACCCCUCGAUGCUAUUGCCGCAGUUUUGGCGGGUGUACGGAGGCGCUGUGUCUCUGAACAAUCUAUCUCAGCCCUUCCUGGUGGAGAAGAUCGUACUGAAUGAAAACUACAACAACAGGACCAAUGAUCAAGAUGUCGCUCUGCUCAAGCUGACAGCGCCAGUUGAUUUUAACGCUGAUGUUCAGCCAGCGUGUCUGCCAGUUACUGCGCAGCCAUUCGCCCAUGGCACCACUUGUUGGACCUCCGGCUUUGGUACCACCGAGGCAGGAUCAGGCGCUGUCUCUACUGAUCUGAUGGAGGUGACAGUGGACAUCAUCGGCAGAGACGUGUGCAACAACCCUCGGGUGUACGGAGGGGCUGUGACUGAAAACAUGAUCUGUGCCGGACACCUGGAGGGAGGACGAGAUUCCUGUCAGGGUGACAGUGGUGGGCCGUUGGUCUGUCAGAUUGAUGAUGUGUGGUACCUGGUGGGCAUCACCAGCUGGGGGGCUGGCUGUGCUGAGAUAAACAAGCCAGGUGUUUACACCAGAGUGAACAGUGUUCUUCCUUGGAUCUACACCAACAUGCAGUUUGAAAGUCCUUGAUGUCACUUCUUGCUGCCGGCUGGCUGUCUCGUUUUCCCCUCGUCUCCAUGGAACCGUGCACUAUGAAGCUGUCUCCAAACUGAGACGGAUGGACCAAUGAGGGGACUCUCCAGACAAGAAGAGACAGAUGGAUUAAAUGUUGCUAAUGUUGGCGGUACAAGUACCAAACGUCAUGUUGACGGCUGCGUGUUGACUCCUGACUCUGAUUUCCCUAAUCAAGUUAGUUUGACAUGCCAAAAUGCAACAGUGGAACCUAAAUAGUCCAAUCAUGAUGUUUUUCUGUGGCCUUAAUUGCAUCAGCUGGCAUCUGUUACACAUGCCCAAAAAGAAGAAGAACACAAAAACUAGAAAAAGCUGCAGUGAGAUGGAUCGACAUAAAUGUCCGACAACGAGCAGAAGCCACAACCAAAAUCAAAUAGCACGCUAACCGCCCGUCACGCACAGCUAUAAACUCAGUACUUCUCUCGAGCUCAAAAAUGACAAAACAAAAGAUCCAAAACAUGAAAGGAAGCUGGAAUCAAAGGAAACCCAAAAGUCCAACCUGUCAUGUGGAUCGUGACAGCAAGACUCUGUCAUCACUCCUUUUCAAAGUUCAAGUAUAGGUUUUUACCUUUUACAGCGGUUAACUUCUUUUUGCACUUGCAUUCAACGUGUGACUUGCAUCUGUGAAGCAAAUCACCUUCAUAAUAAACCUUUGACCUUUGUCAUUCA